AUGAACGACUUCCCAGGCGCCCUGCCCAGCAGCGAGCGCUCGAGCAAAGUUGCGCUGUAUGCGAUCCUGAUUUACAAGCACGAUGCGUCCAAGCCAGUAUUCCUCUCCUCGGCAGUGGACCUCUCGUCCUUCCCCUUCUUUCACCGCUCCUCCCUGAAGGAGCACAUAUAUUUCCACUCCAGAUUGGUAUGUAGUAGGACGCCCAAAGGAAACAGAGAAGUCAUCGAAUUGGAGUCAGGAAUUGGCCAUCUCCACGUUUACACCAAUAAGGAUACCAAUGUCAGUGUAUUAGUCCUGUCGACCAAGACAUACCCUCUACGAAUAGCCUUCGGGCUCAUUGACGCUACACAGAGACUGUUCCAUCAAAAAUGCAGAAAUAAAUACGAGCAUGUAACGCAGGAUUUAAUGGAGGGGGCUCUAUUCUCUACCGAUUUGCAAGAGCUGUUAAAAAAGUACCAAAAUCCAUCGGAGGCGGAUAAAUUAUCAAGAGUACAGAAGGACCUAGAUGAAGUGAAAGACGUGAUGUUAAAAAAUAUUGAUGAUUUAUUACAGCGGGGGGAGAAGCUCGAUGAUCUUAUGAAGAAGAGUCAGGACUUGUCCAACUCUUCAUACCAGUUUUACAGGUGCGUCCCGUCGGGGGUAGCAGCGGGAGCGGAAGCGGACGCGGCUAUGUCGUCAGAGCAAGCUAAGAAGAACAACCAAUGCUGCAAGCUGUACUGA